UUGCCCAGCUAUGGGCACCUUCGACCUGUGGACGGAUUACCUGGGUUUGGCACGUCUGGUUGGGGCUCUGCGUGGGGAAGAGGAGCCCAAGGCCAGGCUGGACCCCCAGCCAGAGCCAACACCAGGACCAGAGAGCCAGAAACCUAGCUCACCAGAAUCCUCACCAGCUCCUGAACGCCUGUGCUCCUUCUGCAAACACAACGGCGAGUCCCGGGCCAUCUACCAGUCUCACGUGCUGAAGGACGAGGCAGGCAGGGUGCUGUGCCCCAUACUGCGUGACUACGUGUGUCCCCAGUGUGGUGCCACGCGGGAGCGCGCCCACACCCGACGCUUCUGUCCACUCACCGGCCAGGGCUACACCUCUGUCUACAGUUACACCACCCGAAACUCAGCGGGCAAGAGGCUGGCCCGGCCUGAGAAGGCGAGAACCCAGGAUGCUGGCCACCGCCGAGGAGGAGCAGCGGGCACAGCAGCAGCAGCAGCAGCAGGUCCCAAAGGUGCCGGGAAGUCUCCAGGAUCUUCGCCUUCUGCGGGCUGUCCCUCCACUUCUGCCUAGGCGGCUGGCGCGGGGAGGACAGGGGUGCCGCCUUCUCCCGGGGAUGGGGACGGAGGCUCCGUGGCAGCUGGACUCCAGGGAAGACCCUCUGAGGACCCCCCGGCCCCCUCCCCAAACCUAGGCUUGAGGACUUGGGGGGCAGCGGAGGGAACUGUUAAAAUGGCUGGUCCCCUGAGCUCCCUCCUCCCGCGGGGACCAGCGGCUCUCUUUUGCACUGUCCCGGGGCUGGGCAGUCGGCGCUCAAUAAAUGUUUGCAAGCGGACGGAGAUCAGCCGCCCGGAGUCGCGGGAA